AUCGGAGCAGUGCUCCGGAGCCUCGUGUAUCGUCUGCUCGGUGUUGACGCCUGGAAACUUUUACUCCCGGAGUACGUAUUGUCGCUGUGGGACAGCGUUAUCUUGUGAGUGCGUGGAAGGUGAAAAGCGCCGAGUCACUUUGUUGGACAAAAAUUACGAUUGUCCGCGUCGCUAACAGUCCGUUGAAAUUCAGAAAAAUAUGCAUCUUCAAGUGGAUACUAUACCGAAAGCUAUAAACAAUGUAUUUCAAAAUAAGGAACCGUGGCAAAUAGCGGCUAUGACGAGCACAGCCACCCUCGCUACAGUGUGGUUAUGGACUUUUGUCUGUCAGGAUGAGAGUCUUUUAGAACGUGGCAAAAAACAGCUGUUUAGACUAGCUCGUUAUAUUCCCUCUAUACGUGACAGAAUAAAUACGGAACUAGUUAAUGUUAACGAAAGCUUUGAAAAGGAUGUUUUGCGCAGACUCAAGGAAGCCUCGUUCAUUGUGCAACUUCCCAAAAGUGGAUUAAAAAAUGAAAAGAUAUUAAACUUAGUAAAGCAGUACAUUCACUUAGGAGAUUAUAAUUGGGAAGGAGGUCGUGUAUCAGGUGCAGUUUACAGAACCAACAAUGAACUUGCAGAGCUGAUGGGAAAUGUAUAUGCAGUUGCAUCGUACACUAAUCCAUUACAUCCUGACGUAUUUCCUGGGAUUUGUAAAAUGGAGGCAGAAGUAGUUAGGAUAGCCUGCCACUUGUUCAAUGGGGACAAAGAAUCAUGUGGAACUAUGACUACGGGAGGUACGGAGUCAAUUUUAUUAGCAUGCAAAGCAUACAGAGAUUAUGCUCGUGACGUCAAAGGCAUAAAAAAACCAGAGAUAGUGAUGCCGGUUACCGCUCAUGCAGCGUUUGAUAAAGCUGCGCAAUACUUGAACAUAAAAAUAUGUUCCGUACCUGUCAAUCCAAAUAGUUUUACAGUUUGCAUAAAAGCCAUGAAAAAAUCAAUUACAAAAAAUACUAUAAUGUUAGUAGGAUCUGCUCCGAAUUUCCCCUACGGAACAAUGGAUAAUAUCGAAGCGAUAUCUGAAUUGGGUAUAAAGUACGAUAUACCCAUUCACGUAGAUGCCUGUCUGGGCGGUUUUCUUGCCUGUUUUAUGUCUGAUGCUGGUUAUCCCUUACCACCUUUCGACUUUAGGCUUCCUGGUGUGACCAGCAUAUCAGCUGAUACUCAUAAAUAUGGAUAUGCUCCGAAAGGAUCUUCAAUCAUUCUUUAUCGAAACAAAAAAUAUCGACAUAAGCAAUAUACAGUGACAACAGAAUGGCCUGGCGGUAUUUACGGUUCACCGACAAUAAAUGGUUCUCGUGCCGGUGGCAUCAUAGCCACUUGUUGGGCAACAUUAAUGUUCUAUGGCUACGACGAAUAUGUGCAAUCAACAAAAAAGAUAAUCGAAACCACCAGAUAUAUCGAACAAAAGUUGAGGCAAAUGGAUGGAAUUUUUGUGUUUGGCACACCAGCCACAUCUGUCGUUGCAAUAGGAUCCAAUGAAUUUCAUAUCUAUAGACUAUCGGAAGCUCUUAGUGACAAAGGCUGGAAUUUGAACACGCUGCAAUUCCCAUGCGGUAUUCACAUAUGCGUUACACAUGUGCAUACUCAGCCAGGAGUCGCUGAUCAAUUUUUGGAGGAUGUUAGUACAGAAUUGGAAAUGAUUAUGGAAACCAGAAAUAUUCCAGUGAAAGGAAAGCUUGCAAUGUAUGGAAUGAGUCAAAGUAUCCCGGAUCGAAGUGUGGUCGGUGAUUUUACAAAAUGCUUUUUGGAUUCAAUGUAUUACACUCAAGCGAAUAAAACACACGAAUAGUUUCAUAUUUUCUAAAAAGAAUUCUUAAUAACUUUGAUAUGUUAUUACAAUGAAAAUAUAGAAUGCAUACAUUUUCUAUGCGACUGAACAUGAAAAGCUCAAAGAUAUAUUUUCUAUAAGUAAUCUUUUUAGUUAAAAUAUGCGAGUAUUCCUAUAAAAAAUACG